AUGGUAUCAAAAAGUUCUUACAUUAUCACAAAAACAAGUGGUUUUUAUUUAGUAACAAACGAAAUUUUACAACAAAUACCUGAAAUAAAAGAAAAUGAAAUUGGUUUAAUGAAUUUUUUCAUUCAACAUACAAGUAUAUCAUUAUUGAUUAAUGAAAAUACUGUACCUGAUGUACGUGUUGAUAUGGAAACAAUAUUUAAUAAACUUCUCCAGAAAGAUAAUUCUUAUUAA